GGCUAUGACUUCUGCUAGACUCCUCUAAAGCCAGAGCCCGGGGGGAAAGCCUGUAUGUCCUCCUUAAGGAGAACAUCUCUGAAAAUCCGACACCCUGGCCCCAGCAGCCACACCCUUGAGUAGUGGCCACAGUAACACAGGUGCAGAUGGUCUCCAGGGCCAGGCUUCCGGUCACUGAGGAUCCCAGGAGCUUCCAGGAACCCACAGCUCUGUCCAGACGGUGAACCGGCCUUGGCCUUCUUCCCCUCUGGAGAUGAAGGGCUCUCCAGCCAUCCCUCAAGCUGCCUGUCUCCUCCCUCUGCUCCUCCUGGUGUCCACCGGAGUCUCGGGAGAAGUGUCUCAGUUUUUUGUGAAGGGACCAACUGAGCCCAUCAUGGUCCUGCUUGGGACUGACGUCAUCCUGCCCUGCCAGCUGUUUCCUGGACAGAGCGCAUCCCACUUGCACAUCCGCUGGUACCGUGCCCAGCUCACCCCUGCUGUGCUGGUGUUCCACGAAGGACAGGAACAAGGGGAUGCACAGAUGCCGGAGUACCGAGGCAGAACCCAGAUGGGGACAGAGGCCAUCGCCAUGGGAAAUGUGGCUCUGCAUAUACAGCAGGUCCAGGCUUCUGACGAUGGCCUGUAUCACUGCCAAGUUACAAAUGGCUUCACCUCCCAAGAGGCCGCCGUGGAGCUGCGUGUCAUAGGGUUAGGUUCUGCCCCUCUUGUUCGCAUGACAGGGCCAGAGAACAAUGGGAUCCGGGUGUCAUGUUCCUCAAGUGGCUGGUUCCCCAAACCCACGGUGCAGUGGAGAGACACUGUGGGGAACACUCUACUGUCCUCCUCGGAGUCACAGACCCAAGACGGAGACGGGCUCUUCCGCGUGGAAGCAUCUCUUUUGGUCACAGAUAGAGCUGUAGGCAACGUGAUCUGCUCCAUCCAAAAUCCCCUCCACGACCAGGAGAAAGCGAAGGCCAUCUUCCUCCCAGAGCCCUUCUUCCCCAGGACUUCUCCAUGGAGAAGUGCUCUGGCUGCCUGCCUCCCCGUGCUAUUCAUCCUGUUCAGUGCCAUCAGCCUUGCUACCUGGAAAGUGCAUCAACACAAAGAGCAAGUGAUAAAGAAAAAGUCAGAAGAAUUUCAGGAAACGCAACAGAUGAGGAAGGAAAUGAAAAUUGCAGUGAAGAAGAAAGAUGACCUCAAGGCUGACUUGGAUCGGCGGAAGGCGCUGUACAGAGAAGAUUGGAAGAAAGCCCUUCUGUACCCUGACUGGAGAAAGGAACUGUUCCAGCUGGCUCCUGUGAAGAUAAAUCAUGAAGUGCCUGACCAGGACAAAUCUGGUCCAGAGACAGAGGAGAGCAGCAGAGAGGAGACUGCAGAGCCAUCCCUCAGCAACCCACCAGGAAACCACAACAUCAUCACACUGUACCAGGAAGGCUUCAUGUUGGGGAGAUAUUACUGGGAGGUGGAUGUCGGGGACACUGAGGAUUGGACACUGGGAGUUUAUGAACUGUACACUCAGGAUGCGCCAUCCAAAGAAUCACUGAAGAAAUUCAGAGUCUUGGAGAAGAAGGGAGAUGAAUACAGGGCUCUUACCUUCUGUUCCCAAAACGUUUCUCUGGAAGAGCCUCUGCUGCUGGAGACGCGGCCACUGAAGAUCGCAGUCUUCUUGGAUCAAGAGGACAAUGACCUUUCUUUCUACAACAUGACUGAUGAGACCCACAUCUUCUCCUUUGCCCAGGCCAGUUUCUUGGGAUCGCUCUAUCCUUACUUCACACGUCACGCCAGGGACCUCUCUCCGUCACACAGUCCCAAGUGAGGCACACGGAGAACUCAGUGGGCGGCUGCCGCAGCAUGUGGUCUGCAAACUCCAGGACUCAGGUCCUCCUGGGCAGGCACAGGGAACUCUGGCUGGGAGGUGCCUUUCCUGAGACUCCAUGAGCCUCUGUGGCCAGUUUCUGGACAUCAUCCUGUGACUCCAUGAGCCGCUGUGGCCAGUUUCUGGACAUCAUCCUGAGACUCCAUGAGCCUCUGUGGCCAGUUUCUGGACAUCAAGAUUCUCAGACUAUCAGCAGAAAAGACAGCUGUGCUUUGCAUGGUGUUAUGAUUGCUUCCUUUUUGAUAUAAAUCUGUUU